AUGACUGGAUAUGCACGCCCGGAGCGGCAGAAUGAGUACUUUAUUCCCGGUGAUGGGAUCAGCCGGGAAGUUAUCCAAGCAGACAUAUGCCGUUACCUUGGAAAUGAUGCGCUCGGUCGCCAGGGCUAUUUUAUUCGGGCUUAUCGGAACCUCACCAGUGAAAUGAUUGCUGAUCUCAAGGCCGACUCUGCAAGAUGGGAACAAGAUGUUUUACAUCGGGCUAAUCAGGGUUAUCCAAGAGGUAGCUACAUUCACGACUACUCAAUGUCCCAUGCACCUAACAGGCCUCCAGCCAGUUAUGCUUCAUCGUCAAUUCAUGAAGGACGGCAACAAGGAGGACCUUCUCCCCCACCGGUCUAUUCGGCCCCUCCUUCUCAGACCUAUGGGGUAGAUCCUUACGCACAGUCGGGGUACUCCCAGACCCAGAGUCCCCCGUAUCCAAACCCAUCUUCAUACCCUCCUAACCCUUCCAAUCACUCGCCGUUUGCUGGCCAGAACCCCUAUCCCGCCGCUCAGGUCCCUUAUACCGGCGCAAGCCAGCCUCCAGUGACGGCGGACAUGCACCCCACUUAUACAUACGCCAGUACCCCUGGCUAUGGUUAUGAAGGAAGAAGCAAUGCCCCUCGGUACGCGGGUUACGACCCUGAGUCCGAUUAUUCGCCAGUGACUUCCGGGAUAGCCUACCCCCCCACUACCGCCCCAGACCCGCGGAUAGGAAUGGAUACAAGAUACACCCCGGAGUCAGCAUACUCGGACCGUGGCAGGCCACAGCCAACAAGGGAACGGGGCGAUGCUCCGCGUCGACCCCGGUGA